AUGGGGCCCACGAAUGUGUUACCUCCACCACCGAUCUGGUGCCUAGCUCUGAGGCUGCAUGGCAUGGACGGGGACACCAAUGCGCGUGCAGCGGCAGAGAUAGCGCAAAGGUACUUGUCGCACCCGACAGGGAAGCAGCGGUUGCUUAUGCGAAUGUUUCAAAGUACGGAUAACCGAUUCCAGCCAUUGUGUCAGCAUAUCACGCGGUACGACUGCAGCCAAGCGCGCUCUGGUCUUGGGCUGCAUGGAUGUUGUGACAGACUGCAUUUUAAGCCCACAAUUUACCCGCAUACAAACGUUGCAUUGGGCCACUGUGGAUACCUGAGCUCGUGUCACCGAAAAAGUACGUGCAAGUAUUUGCAUUAUGAACUUGACACGUCGCCGCCACAUGAGCCGUUCGUGUGGCGAUGUGCAGGCCCAGAAUCAUAUGCGUCUGACUCUGAAUAUGCACGUUAUGCUGCAUGCCUGGAACCAACGCGUCAACUUGAACGUUUUGGACUGGAUGCUUGGCUACGCAAGAUGCAUUGGGAUGGUGUGCCCACAUUGUCGCAAGAGGCACAAUGGAUUGACUGCGAUGUGCGUACGUUUGAUUUGUCUUCACUAGGCAAGUUUGACGUGAUCUUGAUCGAUCCGCCGUGGGAUAUUCACAUGUCGCUGCCCUACGGCACGCUCUCUGAUGAGGACAUGUACGCUCUUGACAUUCCUGUGCUGCAAGACGAGGGCCUCUUGUUCCUGUGGGUCACAGGGCGAGCUAUGGAGCUGGGUCGGUUUCUGCUUAAGCGCUGGGGCUAUGUUCGUGUGGACGAGCUCAUAUGGAUCAAGACGAACCAAAUGGACCGGCUCGUGCGCACCGGACGAACGGGCCACUGGCUGAAUCACUCGAAAGAGCACUGCCUCGUGGCUAUGCGUGAGCCUAAGAAGGGUGCACAGGCACCGCCACCUUGUCUAUGGACGCAUGCUGGACUCAACACCAAUGUCAUGGUGUCACAAACGCGUGAGACGUCGCGCAAGCCCGACGAGCUCUAUACUAUGAUUGAGCGCAUCUGCCCUGGUGGUAGAAAGCUAGAAUUGUUUGGCCGACUGCACAAUGUGCGCCCCGGAUGGCUUACGUUGGGCAAUCAGUUGAAAAGCACGCAAGUGAGGGAGCCGAUGCUGCGUCGUGUCAUGCAGCCGCCUGUAGAGAAUGUUUAG